AUGGGCCCCUGUACCGCCUCCUCAUGCUGCUGCCAGGCCCGUAAUCUGCCAUGGGCCCCCGUACCGCCUCCUCAUGCUGCUGCCAGGCCCGUAAUCUGUCAUGGGCCCCCUGUACCGCCUCCUCAUGCUGCUGCCAAGGUCCAGAGUGUGUCAUGGGUCCCUGUACGGCCUCCCAUUGCUGCUGUCUCCAUCGCCACACUCUGCCAUGUGCCACUUUCAGGUCUCCUCACACUGCUGGUGGGUUCCAUUUUGUCAUAGGGUGCUGGCAGAUUAUAGGGCCCUCCACAUCCCAUUGCUGCUGCCAGGCCCGUAAUCUGACAUGGGGCCCCCGUACCGAUUCCUCAUGCUGCUGCCAGGCCCGUAAUCUGUCAUGGGCCCCUGUACCGCCUCCUCAUGCUGCUGCCAGGCCCGUAAUCUGACAUGGGCCCCCGUACCGAUUCCUCAUGCUGCUGCCAGGCCCGUAAUCUGUCAUGGGCCCCUGUACCCCGCCUCCUCAUGCUGCUGCCAGGUCCAGAGUGUGUCAUGGGUCCCUGUACGGCCUCCCAUUGCUGCUGUCUCCAUCGCCACGCUCUGCCAUGUGCCACUUUCAGGUCUCCUCACACUGCUGGUGGGUUCCAUUUUGUCAUAGGGUGCUGUAUGGCCUCCCCAUUGCUGCGCUGCCUCCACCGCCACACUGUGGCUCCACACUCUGGUUUUGGCCCCGUGACUGCCCAAAUGAUUGAAGUGUGCGGUGAUUUCUAAGAUCGACGGUGCACUCAUCUGCAUGUCAUACUGACUGACAGUAUUAUUUCUCUUCCCCAGCAGACUCCAAGGGCAUUUAAAUUAAAGGUACAGUGUUCUGCACUAAUAUAA